AUGAGCAAAGCAAAGCCAAUUCCGUUAGACAAGGCACCAGUGAUUCCUAAGCGCAUGACUGGUCACAGGCGCUCUUCUCUAGCCCUCUACUUUAGGGGAGAAGAUGCUCAAGAGAGCGAUGAAGUGCAGGCCAACCAACGAUUAAAGCCGAAGGAUCAAGUACAGCUGACUCCGGAGGAACUUCGUCAACGCAUGCCUCCCAAGAUUUUGUAUCCCCAAAAUCCCCGCGCCCCACAGAACAUUACACGCUUCUCUUUCAAAGAAAAUCAAUUCAAAAAGGAGGGUGCAGUUGAGCAAACCGUUUUUCAUCUUUUCAUUGACAGCACCUUGCUCCUGAAAGAUAGUCCGGAGGCUGCAGAGCAAGAGGAACUCCUGAGGCUCCGAGACGAAGCUGAGGAGCGCCGACGGGAAUUGGAGGCUGUAGAAGUGUCAAUUGAAGAUGACGGAGCGACACAGGAAGAGGAAGGCAGGGUCAUGCGCAACCAGUUCAAUAAUGUGGAUAGAGCCACACAGAUCAAAAGCUGCCCCACAGUCGAACAAAGUUGCUCAACGUUGCCACCUCCGAAAAAGCUGUGUUGUGGAACGGGUAUGUAUGAGGGAAUGACUCAAACUGGCGGUGGUGCUUUAUUGCACCAGUUGAAGCUGCGGCAGCAUGACUCAGCUCGAAACCUUGUGAAUUCGGACAAGUUCAAGUGGUCCCUUAAGGUGUUGGAACGUGUUGUGAGCUUCAACGCUCAGCAAGAGGCUUAUCGGAUCUUUCAGUCUACAGAGGAAGAACCCGCUGACGUUCCACUGACGGUCACUCCAAUCUGGGAGUUUCGGUUUCCCCGAGCUAAGGGGAAAGAUGCCAUGGUCCUCCGGUGGAAUCCACAUUAUCACGAUCUUCUGGCUGUGGGCUUUGGUAACUACGAAUACGUCAAACAAGGCUGUGGCUACGUCUGCUGCUUCUCUCUGAAGAACACGUCGCAUCCAGAAUAUUUUUGGAAGCUUGAUUCUAAAGUAUGCAGCCUCGACUGGCAUCCCCUGCAACCAUCACUAUUGUGCGUAGGCCUCUACGAUGGCAAUGUUGCAGUUCUUGAUGCAACAUCUGCAAGCAAGCGGCCAUGGCACUAUUCUACAGUGAAAACAGGGAAACAUACAGAUCCCGUUUGGGACGUGUGUUGGGAGGCCGAUUCUGCUACAAGCCAGCUGUCGUUUUUUUCAGUAUCAGCAGAUGGCCACAUUAUGCGGUGGACUUUACUCAAGAGCAAGCUUGAAUCAGAAGUUGUAAGGAGCCAUAAAACGCAAUGUUAA